CAGGCAAGCAGAUCUCGGCAUAACCACGGGGCGGUGCAGGAGCGACCCAGGAGACACGUGGGGACGCAAGGAGACGCACGGAGACCGACACACACCCACACACAGCUCACAAACGCUUGAGCUCACGUGAGCGGGGGACCAAAACAGGAAGUGUAAGAUGGCAGAGGUAUUCGGAGGAGUAGAAGGGGGAGGUAGUCACUCGGUGGCUCUGCUCAUUUCUGGAGAUGGUCGGAUCCUUUCUCAGACCCUGGGACCCUGCAGUAACCACUGGUUGGUGGGUGCAGAGAAGUGCAUCCAGGUGAUUCACGAGAUGGUGCAGAAGGCCAAGACUGAAGCCGGAUUGGACCCCAACAUGCCCCUGCGCUCCCUGGGCAUGUCUCUGAGUGGAGGCGAUCAGAAGGAGGCCAUAGAUAAACUCAUCCAGUACAUGAAGGAGCGCUUCCCCAGCCUCAGCCAGCACUACCUGAUCACCACAGACGCCGUGGGAGCCAUUGCUACGGCAAGCGACAAGGGGGGCGUGGUGCUCAUCUCCGGCACUGGCUCUAACUGUAAGCUGGUGAACCCAGGCAGCUCUACGGUGGGCUGUGGAGGCUGGGGUCACAUGAUGGGCGAUGAGGGCUCAGCAUACUGGAUUUCUCAUCUGGCUGUGAAGACUGUGUUUGACGCCAAAGACAACCUGGCCCCGCCCCCUCAUGAUAUCACACAUGUCUGGAUGGCCAUGAAGGAGUACUUUGGGGUAAGCGAACUGAUGGGCAUGUUACCACACCUCUACACACACUUCCAGAAGUCCUUUUUCGCUGGUUUCUGCAAGAAGCUGUCCGAAGGUGCUCUUGCGGGGGAUGAACUGUGUAAACACUUGUUCCUAGAGGCGGGGAAGGUCCUGGCCAAACACGUGGUGGCUGUCCUGCCUGCAGUGGCUGAGAGCCUGCUGACUGGUCCUCUAGGGCUGCCCAUCCUGUGUGAGGGGUCAGUGUGGAGGAGUUGGGAGCUGCUUAGACCAGGUUUCACUGAGGUGCUGUGUGAGGCAGCGGCAUGUGAGCAGUUCAGAGGUCGUUUCCAUGGUUACAGCCUCCUGACCUUGCAGCACUCCUCAGCUCUGGGCGGGGCCAGUCUGGGCGCUCAGGCACUGGGGGUCUCAAUCAGAAUGGACUACUUGGCCAAUGCUAAAGUCUUCUACACACACAUCUUCAAUAGCAGCUAAUGAGAGGAGCAUGCUGAAUCAUGUGACCAGGGGACAGGACAGAUUGGAAUCCUAGUGGACCAUACUGUGGCUGUGUUAGCGGGUCACUCAGUUAUAGAUAUUGACAAUGGUAAAUUAGCAGUAAUGAAUGGCAUCAAAUCGCUUUUGGAGUUUUUUUGUUCACAUUAAAUGAAAUUUUAAACAAUGAUUUAUCUUAAUCAGAUAUAUACAUUAGUGAUCUUUGGUAUGGGUGUGAUUUUAAAGAGGAUAGAUCAUGUAGAUUUCACAAAAUCUGGCCAUCUGGUGUACUUUUCACCUAUAUCAUCAAAAAGUGUCUGUAGAUGUUUGUGAAAAAUAGACUUUAUUAUAAAGCCCUGUACCUGUAACGUUUACUGAUACUGGCAGUUUAAAUAAUGUGAAAUUGAUGAAAUGGUGAAAACAUGAUGUCCUUUAACUAAUAUGCAGAGGUUAUAGCCUAUUAGCAAGCUAAAUCACCCAUGUCAGUAUAAUAAGCACAGAAAAACAUUGAUUUAACUUUAGUUCCUACAAUUUACAUUUCUAAACAGUCAAUUAACAUUAAGCUAAUGAACAGUGUUAAGCAAAAAGUAUUUGGGAUCACCUUGGUUUGUAAGCUUUGGGUGACAGGUAAAGAGGGGCCCCUGGGCACAGGACAGGUUGCCUUGAGGCACUAGUUCAAAGGUGGGUUACAUUCAGACAUUACAUCUCCCGAUACUGUCUGUAUAGCACUCCAGUACAAAUGACAUUGACAUUUUUGUCACAUGACUAAAAUGCUGGCCUUGUGUUUAUUGACAUUUUUGUUAAAGAAUACAUAUUAUGCAAAAUUUGUUGAGCUUUUAACCAUGUUAUAACAUUAAUAGAAAUAAUCCAUGCGUCUGUAGAAACAUGGUGUCUUGUCUGAAGAUAGUCAUCAUUUGAAGUUCUAAAAUAUGAAACGCCAAAGCAAAGGUGCUCAAGAGCAUGUUUAACGGCCAAUAACGAUACAAAUAAUUCAGAAUAUGUGUCCUUCAAAUAUAUAAUUUUAGCAGGUAGACAGUUAAUGUUAAAGAACCAUGGGGGUCAUGCAUACAGUUUCAGUGACGAGAACUUUAUUUUAUUUAAAUUAAUGUUUGAAUGGUCAAUAAGAUGCAUUCUUAACAUGUAAAUUAUGCUUCCUUUUGGGUAGAAUUCUGUUUCUCUUCAGAAUUCAUCAUUAAACAUACUUUCAGUAGGCACAGUUUGAGAGUAAAGGUUGGUGCCUGUGAUUACAGUAAGUCACCAUGAGUUAUAAAGAGUAAAUUCUGUGUUAGCAAAAUGUUGCAGAUCUUUUAUUGAGCUGUAUUUAAUGAUUCGUCUGAAGGAAAUUCAUGUUUUUGACAAUAUUUGCAUUUUCAUAAUGUUUACAUAAAAAGAGCCAAUAAGUGUGUCAAAAAUCAUUUGUUACCAAAUUUUUAAGUUUGUGCUAGAACCAAACAACACAAGGGAGUAUUUAUAUAGAUGGUAAUGUAAUACGAUCAAUUUUAUAUUCUAAAAUAUGUAAACCAAACUCACCCAAGGUAACACUGCAAAACGCUGCACACGGGCUCAGAGCUCAAAAACACAUCAAAUCAAGUGCUGAAUAAAGAAGAAAACUGCUCUG